UGAACCGAGGGCGCCCCCUAGCGGCCGCUCGCAGCCCGGCUUUCCGGGAGAGACGCCGCUUGGCCGCCCCCGGACCGGCUCAGCGAAGCGGCCGGCCUGGAGCCGGCCAUGAAAUCGGCCUUUGUCACCGUGGGGACGACCAGCUUCGAGGAGCUGAUCGCCGCGGUGACCGCCCCGGAGACUCUCCAGGUCUUGCGGCGCCUCGGCUACGGCCGACUCGUGCUGCAGGUUGGCAGAGGGGCGGCGGCCCCGGCCCCGUUCCGCACGGCGGCGUUUACACUGGACGUGUUCCGGUUCAAGGAGUCGCUGGCUGAGGAGCUUGAGAGAGCGGAUCUGGUGAUCAGCCACGCAGGUGCAGGCACUUGUUUGGAGACACUGGAAAAAGGAAAACCACUCUUGGUGGUGGUAAAUGAAAAGCUGAUGAACAAUCAUCAGCUAGAAUUAGCCAGGCAACUAUACAGAGAUGGACACCUCUUUUACUGUACUUGUAGCACCCUUUUGGAGUCAUUGAAGUCAAUCAAUUUGUCAACACUGAAACCCUUUCCUCCUGGACAGCCAGAAAAGUUUGCUGCAUUCUUGGACAGAGUUAUUGGAUUUAUGCAGAAAGGCUGGAAGAAAUACUUCGGCCAGAAAUCCCUCAGCGAGGUCACCAUGGAUGAGUAUCUGGCCAGCCUGGGGCUGUACCGCAAGCUCACCGCCAAAGACGCCUCUUGUCUCUUUCGGGCUAUUUCCGAGCAGCUGUUUUCUUGUCAGAUUCAUCAUACGGAAGUCAGGAAGGCUUGUGUUUCAUUUAUGAGGGAAAACCAACAUAACUUUGAGUCUUAUGUGGAAGGCUCAUUUGAAAAAUAUCUGGAACGGCUGGGAGAUCCAAAGGAAAGUGCUGGCCAAUUGGAAAUAAGUGCUCUAUCAUUAAUCUAUAAUCGAGACUUUAUUCUGUACCGGUACCCUGGAAAGCCACCUACCUAUGCUACAAACAAUGGCUUUGAAGACAAGAUCUUGCUGUGUUGUUCCAGUAACGGCCAUUACGACUCUGUGUAUACAAAACAAUUUCAGGCAGAUGCUGCUGUUUGCCAGGCUGUCUUGUACGAGAUCCUGUACAAAGAUGUGUUUGACAUGGACGAGGAGGAAUUGAGAACUGCAGUUGAGAUGUUUCGAAGUGGGGCCAAAAAGAACAGAAACAGUGUCUCUGUUGGAAGUGAGGAUGCAAGCUUUGAUUGCCUUCCUGAGAAAGUGUCCAAAACUUCAUCAGAAAGGAGAGUGGAAGACUGGGAAGGUAAUGAUACUGACAACCCACCUGAAGAUAAACUCAAACAAGGCACUGAAGAAGCAAAGCCUCCAGAAAAUCCGUCAAAGAUGCCUUUUCCCUAUAAAGUGCUAAAAGCCCUGGACCCUGAGAUCUAUCGAAAUGUAGAGUUUGAUGUUUGGUUGGACAGCAGAAAAGAACUUCAAAAAACUGAUUACAUGGUGUUUGCUGGGAGACAGUACUAUUUAGGAGACAAAUGUCAGGUACGUCUGGAGUCUGGGGGUAAGUACUACAAUGCUCAUAUCCAGGAAGUUGGACAUGAUGGCAACAUGGUGACAGUGUUCAUUGAAGAGCUGGCAGAAAAGCAUAUUGUUCCAUUGGCAAACUUAAAACCAGUGACACAAGUGACACCUGUCCCUGCGUGGAAUGUGGUUCCCAAUCGAAAAGGAGGAAACUAUCAGAAAAUAACAGGCGGCUAUGUUUCAGAAAUAGAAAUGGAUAUGAAAUCACGGAAGAGACUGUUUAAGAAAGUUCGGGGGAAGGAAGUUUACAUGACAGUGGCUUAUAGUAGGGGUCAGCCAGUUCUUCCACCCCGGCUACAGCACAAUGUUCCUUCAGGUCGCUCUUCUCCAAUUAAUUGCUCUCAAAGUUGUGGGAAUAUGGCAUCCUAUGAUCACUACCGUCCUCCGAAUUCUCCUCAGAGGCAUGGCAGGGGAUAUGGAAUGCCCAGGGGAUCUGCCCGAUUUAUAAACAGGAACAACAUGGUUGGCCCUCAAAUAGCAUUCUACCCGGGUCCAGGGAAGAGAUGUUAUCAGAGCUAUGACAAUUUCUCCUAUAGGUCCCGUUCAUAUAGCCGUAGUCGUCGGCAAAUGCAGUGUGUCAAUAAGGAAUGUCAGUAUGGAUUUGUACCAGAGACUGGGGAGGAGCCUCAGGGUUUGGAAGAAACCAUAACUUUCUAUGAAAUUGAAGAAGGAGAUGAGGCUGCUUUUCCUGCUUUACCAAGUCAGGGUAGUCCUGCCCCAAUAGUCCCUGCCCCUGCAGGAUUCUGGGUAGCUAGAAGAGGCCCAAGCCCCAUUCCACCCAGCAAACAGACUCUGAAUUCCUCUGAGGAGGAAGUCGAUGAACCGAGUGAUAACGGGGAAUUUCAUGAAGAAUAUAUGUACACCCCUUCAGAUCCAGACUGUGAAACUCCAACAGUAUUUAGUUCAGCAGAGACUACAGCAAACUUAUCUCUUCAGGAUGGAGGGACAGGCUCUGUCUCACCUCAAGAUGGAGUUGCUUCAUACAACUAUUCCCAGAAGGUGAUGGUGAAUUCUUCAGUGAUCUCAACCUCCUCUUGUGUUAAUAAUGCCCCAGCAACAGUCUUUUCCUCCAGCACGGCAGCAGCCACUCAAGCCAAUGUUACCACAUCCCUUCCCCCCCAGACUGCAGUGCAGCCCAUCCUGGUAUCCCCUUCUUCUGCUGGAAGGCCAGUAGUGAUUCCGUCAGUGCCAUACCCAUAUCAUCCAGCUCCCCCUCCCCCUGUCAGCGAGGUGGGAGAUAGUAGCAGCAUUCCUCCACCUUACUCCUGCGAUCCCAGCGGCAGUGAUCUACCUCGAGAUACAAAGGUAUUGCAGUAUUAUUUUAACUUGGGCUUGCAGUAUUACCAUCAGAGCUAUUGGCAUUCCAUGGUGUACAUGCAACAGGUACCACCGCCAUCACCUGUAGAAGCUUACUCAGCAUACACUGAGCCUGCCCCCAUGGUGGAUCAGUCAGUACCUCAGUUGUACACUGACGUUGGGAGGAAUGAUGUCCGGCAAGUUCCCCUGGAAACAGCAAAUGGUACUUUCCAAAAUGUAGAGCCUCCACCUCCAUCCCAUGGAACAGUAUAUUAUCCAGUAGUGACAGAUCCCUAUGGCCAGCCACCAUUACCUGGGUUUGACUCUUGCAUCUCUUUAGUACCUGCCUAUCAUUAUGUUAGCCCUUGGCAUCCCGCAAGUCCAUCGUAUGGUAAUUCUUCACGACUUCAUAAUACUGUAAAUCCUGGACAGUUGCAUCAAGUCAGCUAUGUUACCUCACCUAAUCCUGUAUCACAUUAUGUACCUCAAAGUAUGUAAGGCCAAGUGAUGUAAACUCACUUCUUGCACUAAAGUUUUCUUGUUUUCUCUGUUAGUAUUGUUUCAGUAGUGGCUGGUAAGCUGUUUUGUGUGUUUCAUUUACAUGUUUCUCUUUUGGUUUAUAUUAAUGGUAAAACUCUGUUUUAGUAGUCUAUAUUGGAAAGUAAAACUAUUGUAUAGCAAAGAACACGAAGCUUAUAUUCAACUGUACAUAAUAUAUAACAAUGCAAUUUGUCUUUCAUGACAGUAUAUAUAAAUUAUCACUUACCUUCAUCAAUCAGUACAAUGUAUGGAGGAGUUACUCUUGCACAAGAAAACGAUGUAUCUUACAUAUUUUACCAGUUUGCUUGUAAUGGUAACCUAUUUCAUUACUUAAGCAGGAGAAAGGUUGCGUCCCAGUCCAUUUGAGGAAAGUCAUUACUAUUGAAAUAGGCUGCUUUUCUCAGUUCUGAACAAAACAUAUCAGCCAGGUGUGUUCUCCAAUAGAAACUACUUAUUUGUAAUCGUUGCUCUUUCUCUGUUUAAUUUUGUUCAGUAUAGUCUUGAGGUAUUAGAAGGUGGGAGAGUGCUCGGCAUUGUCAUGUUCUGCUGUAUACGGUUGUAUUUGUGAGAGAGCCUUGGUUCACGAAAGUCACCCUGCACAAAUGGUGGUAGAAGUGGUGUUUGACUUGCACUAAAUAAACAAAAAAGCAUCUAA